AUGAGCACUUCUAUGCCCUCAUCGACGACUGCUACUGCAAGCAGCACCACCUCCCCCGUUGUCACCCCCUCACCCACUCAACCAAACAGCAUUGCAAGCAACUGUAAUCAAUUUGCACAGGCCAAAUCGGGUGAUGUCUGCUAUGACUUUGCACAGAAGAACAGCAUCACCCCUAACGAGCUUUACGAAUGGAAUACUGUUCUUGGCGACAACGGUUCAAACCGUGGAACUGCUCUGCAGGCGAAUGUCUGGUACUGUGUUGGUGUGACUGGUUAG